AUGCCACCACUUGCAACAGAUGCCGCCAGUGCGGCAACUCCAGCGGAUGCCAAUCAACGGAAGAAUCCUUUUCCAGAGUUUCAGGUUGUGGUAUUGGCUGGCGGCAGUGGCUCUCGCCUUUCAUCACUUUUAGAUUCCAGCGCCUCAGCUGGAGCUAUAUCAUGCAAGGCUCUGCUUCCCGUGGCUAAUCGGCCUAUGAUAUGGUAUUGCCUUAGAAACCUUCAGGAAGCUACAUUCGGUGACGUAAUCGUCGUAACCCAGGCACAACAACAGGCGGAGCUAUCCGCCUACUUGCAGCAGGACUUCGGCAGUUCGUUCCGGCGUCUUGAAGUGGUUGGGCUCAAAUGCACGCGCCAGGGGGAGGAUGAAGAUGCAGAGGAUGUUUCCUCCGGAGGAAACAGGCGACGUUCAGUCGAUGUUUUCGACGAUACUGACCAGCGUGUCUGCGGCACAGCAGAGGCACUACAGCAAAUUCGGCACCUGAUUACAACGGAUUUCAUUGUAUUAUCCUGCGACCUUAUUGGUCACGUGGAUUUCUUCGCCCUUGCAAAUCGGCAUCGCGCAGAAGGGGCGGCUUGCACAGUUUACCUAAUGCCUCGCGACCCUCUUGCUGAGCCUGCAGCAGAACAAACCAAGGGGAAGGGAGGUGGGAGAAAGAUGAAGGAAACACAACAGGAGAAAUGCGACACCAGCAGAGGAAACCCAGUAACAGUUGUCGUGGACGACUCCGGAAUUCAGCUGUUGGCAAUUCAGGACAGGCACAGCAUCAGCCACGGCAGCCCAUUACAGCUUUCGAAACUGCAUCUAUUCUUGUAUCCAUCCCAGCACUUGCUACCAGAUUACUACGAUCCUCACGUCUAUGUUUUUGCUCAUGCGACGCUCAAAAUUUUCGACCAGCCCUCGUUGCGUCACAGUUUGUAUUCUAUUCGGUUUGACCUCGUGCCCUAUAUGACCACAAUGCAAAUGACGGACGCAGCACAAGUUUGGUCUAGCAGCCGGCUUGAGUGCGACGUUUUCGAGCGUCAGUUGUGGGCAAUCCAGCAACAGGGAGAGGAUGAAGCGACAUCAACAUCAGUGACUGCUACAGCACCAGCAGAGGAACAGCCCAGUGGGAGCUCCUUACCGCUAUUAUACACCGCAGCAAAUCCUCCACCCCGUCCGGCGAAGGGCAACCGGGUCGUCUGCUGUAUACACCCAGAAGCAGCAGGGAUUUGCUGUCGUGUCAACAAUCUUGCUGACUAUCGCGAAAUGAACAAUAGAUUUUGUUGCGGUCGGCUAGACGAACUAAAAUCAGUUCUCCCCGAUUGGGCUCUCCCGGAGCACAAUCCCAAAAAGCCCGGCAGUAUGCGCGAUUGCGUCCUGGCGGAGAACGCUACAGUGGAGGCAGAUGUGGUGCUUAAGAGAAGCGUUGUUGCCAAAAACGCCGUAUUGCGAUCAGGAUGUAAAGUGACGCAGUCGAUCCUGAUGGCUGGCACGGAGGUUGGAUCAAAAACAGUGCUCCAACGCGUCAUACUAUGCCCGGGUGCAAAGGUCGGGAAAGACUGUAAACUGGUGAACUGCCAGGUAAGGGCAGGCUUUUGCGUGCCUGACGGGACGACUGCAGAAGACACUACAUUGCCUUCGUUCACCGACGGUGUGGAGUUCGCGGCAUUGCACGUGUGA